UUUAUUGAUUUAUCUUUGGAAAUUUAUUUAUUGUUUAUUGGUUUACAGUAUGGAAAUUGUACAAAUAAAUGCUCAAAGAAGAUUCGAUAACUCUGGUCCUAUUUUCGCAGCUUUUAAAAAAAAGCUAAUAGAUUUUUCAGCAAGCCCAGUCGCGAUGAAAGUUGACAGACUACAUAACGGUGAUAUAAUUAAACCAGUCUGGCCAAUACGAUCGUGUUUCUUGUUUCGUACAAUUUCUUCAACAAAAAUUAAACCAGGUCAAUUUCUAAAACCCUUAUCUGUGAAAGUAUGGUAUGUGAUACUUGCCAUGAUAGGAGUCGUAACGACAAUUUUAAUUAUCUUUUUAAAAUUAGAAAAUAAUUGUACCCCCACAGAAAUUUACGGUCUCUCUGUUUUGCUCACAAUAGGAGCAUUGUCACAACAAGGUUCUGCAUUUAUUCCAACUCGCUGCGCAAGUCGGAUCGCGCUUCUACAAGUCUUAUUUUUUAGUUUGUUAAUUUUGAAUUAUUACUCUGCAAGUGUGGUAUCAAGUCGUUUGAAAAAUAAGGAGGAGAAGAUGAACGAUUCUUUAAUUAAUUUGGCAAAAAGUAAUUUGAAACUUGCAGUAGAACCUACGCCGUACAUUCGUUCUUUUCUUCAGGUAUCAGACAAGGAAGUGAAAUACUUUUAUGACAAUUGUUGGACGAAAAUACCAGAAUCGUAUAAAUACUUGCCCCUGAAAGAGGGACUUAAUCGUGUGGCGGAGGGUCAUUUAGCUUAUCACACGAUGACCGAUUCUGCUUAUCCAUACAUCGAACACACGUUCAAUCAUCGAAGUAUUUGCGAACUCACGGAAGUUCAUUUAUUCCGUGCUAUUCUCGCAUUUUAUGCAAGAUACCACAGUCCUUUUACCGAACUUAUGAAAGUAGGUUUAACUAAAAUUCAUAAUGUGGGUAUCCAGAAACGUGAAUUGAUACGAUGGACGGCUAGGAAACCUUUUUGUCCAAAUAACCUACUUAUUGCUGAACCUCUAUCGAUUCAUGAAGCUGCGCCGAUUUUUAUGUUUUUGUGCAUCUCUAUUAUUCUAUCGAUUCUCAUUUGCAUUAUUGAAAAUAUGAUCUUCUGUCUUUUUCCAACACGGUGAAUUCGAAAUUUUUAUUUUAAAGAAAUUUAUAUAAUAUACAUAUUAUUGAAAUAUAUUAUUAUUAAAUAUAAAAUUUUUUUUUUAGAGUUCCUAGUUUCAUAAUGG